AUGUGCAAAAAGCCCACAGAAAGCCCGGUCGUCUCUGUUUCGUCUCCUCCUCCUUCGGCACCUGAAGGAGGAAUGACUCGUGCGGAUGUGAAAAAGAUUGCCAAUCCUGACUCUCAUUUGCUUCUGAUCAUUCAUGACAAGGUUUACAACAUGACGAACUGGCAAGACGAGCAUCCGGGAGGCCAUUUGACCAUGCGCGCCUUGUCUGGCCGAGACGCCACCGACAGCUUUCUGCAAAAUCACCCCAAGGUGGUCCGCAAAAUGUUGCCCAAAUUCUUGUAUUGCGACUUGAAGGAUCCUGAAAACGGCGUGGACGAAGCUACCAUUGCCUUUCGCGAACUGACAGUCAAGAUGGAAGAAGCAGGCAUGUUUCAGACUGACUAUACCUUCUAUUACAAGAUGGGAGCUCGGUUGGCAGUCCAUUUUGCGCUCAUGUUGUAUUUGGCACUGUCCUCUGACAAUUUCUAUGCUCACUGUGCGUCUGGCGCACUCUUGGGUCUGUUUUGGCAGCAGAUUGCCUUUGUCGGACACGACUUGGGACACAAUGGAAUCUCUCACUCCAUUGCUACCGAUUCCAAAAUGGCUCUGUUCUUGGCCAACUUUCUCACGGGCAUUGGCAUGUCCUGGUGGAAGCGUUCACACAAUGUUCACCACAUCGUCACCAACUCGAUCGAUUAUGAUCCCGACAUUCAACAUUUGCCGGUCUUUGCAGUCUCACCAAAGUAUUUGGAAGGACCUGUCUUUUCCAAGUUUUACAAUGCCUACAUGACCCUCAAUUCAGCAGCACAUGUGCUGGUGGGAGUCCAACACUAUCUGUAUUAUCCAGUCAUGGCAUUUGCUCGGAUCAACCUUUACAUCCAAUCCAUCCUGCACUUGGCUGGAAUUGGAGCCUACUCGCUCAAGGAAAAGGUCUACCGAAGAGAUUUGCAAGCCCUCAUGUUGAUUGGAUUCUAUGGCUGGUAUUCCGCCCUUCUCAUGGCAUUGCCCGACAAGUCCUCGCGCUGGGCCUUUUUCCUAUUGAGUCACAAUGUCGCUGGUAUCUUGCACGUUCAAAUCACCCUCAGUCACUUUGCCAUGGCCGUCCACGAGGGCGUCACCUAUGACGAUUCCUCCAAUGGAUUCCUCUGGACGCAAAUGGAGGGAAGCAUGGACGUCGAUUGCCCACUGUGGAUGGAUUGGUUCCAUGGUGGACUACACUUGCAAGUGGUCCAUCAUUUGUGGCCACGCAUUCCUCGUCACAAUUUGAGAAAGUGCCAGGGUAUGCUCAAGGAAUUCAUCAAGCAAUAUCCUCAUUUGAAAUACUAUGAAUAUGGAUUCAUUGAAGCCAAUGGAAUCAUGCUCAAGAAGCUAAAGGAAACGAGCAAGUCGGCCAAAUCCUUUAGUGAACUAUUCAAGGAUUCCAUCAACAUGGCGGGGUAA